UAAAAUUGUCAUUUUCGUUUUUAUCUCAAAUAAUAAUCUCUCUACUCAACUUUUUUUCUUUCAAAAAAAGUGUAUCUCUAAGAAUAUUCCAUCAGAAAAUUAUCCAUAAAAAUGACUUCCCAUAGUGAUGAAAUCGAAGAAGAACAAAUAUCAAGGAUUGAGAAAGGCAAAGGCAAAGAUUGCCAUGCAGGAAUCGAGACGGUCAUAUGUACUUCUCCCAGCAUUGUCUGCCUUACCCAAAAGUUGAUAGCGGAGAUGAUUGGGACGUAUUUUAUAGUAUUCUCUGGUUGUGGAGUGGUGGUAGUGAAUGUGUUGUAUGGUGGAACAGUAACGUUUCCAGGAGUUUGUGUAACUUGGGGUCUCAUUGUUAUGGUCAUGAUUUACUCCACCGGUCACAUCUCCGGUGCACAUUUUAAUCCUGCCGUUACUGUCACUUUCGCCAUUUUCCGGCGGUUCCCUUGGUAUCAGGUCAUUACACUCUCUAAUUCUCUAUCUCGACUUUGA